AUGGCGAUGCCAGAAGGUAUUGUCGAUGGUCUUCUCUCCCAGCUGGCUGAUGACAUCGAGACGGGUGAGCAGAUGGAGGCCUUAGGACGAGCUCUUGGAUUAAAACCCGCGGCUAUCAAUAGAUACACAGAGACCAAUAGGAUAGAAGGACGGGUGACGUGUAAGGGAACACGUGACAUGCUGUUUAAAUGGAGGCAGACCGUGGUGCCUUGCAACCAGCAUAUCAGACUGAAACAAGCUCUCAUUGACGCUGAGCUGGUCAUGCUUGCCGAAAUAUAUCUCAAGGGGACACCAAGCAUUAGAGAUAUCUUGAGUGAGAAGAUCUCGGAGUCCUUGACUGUUCAGCAAUGUCGCGAAAAGUUGAAAAACAGGUACCUAAAUGAAUUGUGCAAAAUUCAAAUGAAGCCCUGGGAUCAGAAUGACUAUGCUAAUUUCGAAGAUAUGCACACAGUGGUCACAAUGGUGAAAAGGGACAAUCGUGGACAAAACAUGAACAUGAAGGAAAUACUCCAGGUUUCUGUAUCUGACAUAUUUUCAACGAUAGUAAAUGGAACACUGCCAGCUCGAAUCCUCAUUUCGGCCCCGGCUGGACGAGGGAAGACCACAGCUGUUGCUAAGAUUGCCUACGACUGGGUUCAUAGAGAAAGAGGGUCAGCAUUAGAACACCAGCUGCCACUUCUGUUCGCUGUGAAAUUCCGAAACACAGAUCAACUUACAUCGAUCGGAGAGGCCAUCAAAUCCCAGCUUUUGAGUGAUGUCGCUGAUCUUACACCAGAGGGUCUGGAGAGUUUCAUCAGAAAGAAUCAGGGAAUCUGUCACAUCAUACUAGACGGGCUAGAUGAGUAUGCCGGUCUUCCUUCUACAAAUCGAAGCUCAAUCAGCAACAUUGUCAAAGUCAUCCGCUGGGAAGAAUUUCCAGAGUGUCGAGUCCUUGUAACAACACGCCCUCACCUAGAGAACUUCUUCAAUCAAGCGGAAAUGCCAAGGGUAUACACAAAGAUGUGGAUCGAAGGAUUCUCUCGAGAGAGCUCUCGAGAUUACAUCGACAAAUUCUUUGCUUCGAGUUCGAAUCCUCAUAGUGGAGAUGGUCUGAAGGUUUACAUUGAUAUCCAACCACUUAUUGAUGAACUUGUUAAAACACCUUUGUUUUGUCUCAUGGUCUGUCACUUGUGGAGUAUGGGCCUACUUGAUAGUGGUACUACUACUCAAACAGAAUUGCUGGACAGCGUGAAUGUUUUUCUAAUGCAGUAUACAAACGCCCGAUCCGAGUCGAGAGUGCAAAUCACUCCCAAAAUGUUAGGGAAAAUAAUUCUUCAACUAGGCAAAGUUGCUCUAACUGGUCUGCUCGACGAUGCUAAACAACUAGUCUUCACGCCUCAUGAUUUCCGAAGGGUUCCCGCAGUACUUGAUACGGCGUGUGAACUUGGGAUAGUAUCCAAGACGACUGUUUCAUCAACAUGCCUUCCUCAGUGCAACGAGACCACUUUCACUACGAUUGAGUUUUAUCACACAAUCGCACAAGAACACUCUGCUGGAAAAUUCCUCGCUGAUCAAACGUACCAUUUUCUGUUACAUUUAAAGAUUUCUAAGUUAGAUAGAGUACUACGCAAGAUCAAAGCAAAGAUUGGUGACUACGAGAAUCUCAUCCGAUUCGCCGCUGGCGCGGACAACAACCUCUGUAUACGAAUAAUGGAGAUGCUCCUUACAAACAGCUAUUUGGAUGAGAGCGAACGGUAUCGCAUUCUCCUUGACUGUUCAUCAGAGACCAGGAGUACAGAAGGCAAGGUUUCUUCGUUGGUUCAAAGAUGUGUGAAUGCAGAGAGUAUUGUUCUAAAGUCACCGACUGUCUACACCGUCGUUGGGGUGCAAAAUCUUCCAGAGCAACUUAAACGUGAGCUUCCAUCCGUCACAGAGCUAUCAGCCAAGAUAGUGACGUCACAAUGCUAUAAAAGUUUGCUCAGCUCGUUACCUGACGUGGUAGAGAUCGAUAUCAUCACCGAUGAUGUUGAGACAGACAUACCUCAGAUUGUGACUGGUCUCAAUUGGACCGGAGGACAGCAGCUGACACGCAUUAACCUUGCAGCACCGCCAGCACUCCCAUCAGAGAAGAACUGUGUAUCGAGAGGGACGAUAAUAGGACUCGGUCUUCUGGUCAGAAAAAAAACCAAGAACCUCAAGUGGCUAAGUCUGAACAGAGUGAAGGUCACAGACGAGGAGGACUUGGUUUACCUCAUCGAGUGCUGCAGACAUGUGAAGGCGAUGUCAGAUGUGUGGUAUGUUCUUGUUGAACUCGUUUAA